GCUCAAGCGACGAUUUCUCCGAUCUCCAGAGUUGCAUAUUCGAUAACCCUAGAGAAUGGGAAGGGUCCGAAGCGAAGAAGAAGGUGAAGCAAUCGAAGCUCUGGGCUCUCUCUUCAAGCUUACUCAAAUUCAUCUAUGGGACGAUGGCUCGACAGAUACUCAUUUGGUUCCUCUCUUCUAUGAACACAGCGAUGUAUUUCCAAACAAGAGUAUUGAUGAUACUUCAAAUAAACUUUCUGGAAUCGCAAACCAUAGGUCUGAGGAUAUGGGUUUGAUAAAGGAGAUGAAGGCUUUGGGUCUUCCGGUUUCUUUCCAAACAAAUAAGGAGUGGAAGACCAGAACUCGAGGCCACCAAAAGAAAGGAAUCAAGUUUAAUACGCUGCUCAAUGAAGAAGACUAUGAUGUUGCAUCCCCUCUGAAUUUGGUGUCUGAUUACUCUUCAGAUUAUGUUAUCGUUAGUGAGGAGAUUGACAGGACUUGUGUGGGAAACGAUUGUGUUCAAGAAAGUGCAGUCGAAGAAGAGAAUCAUGAAUUUGGAGGUAGAGAUUCUAUGUUGACAUCAGAGACAUCAGAUUCUCAGAGGUGCAAAGUCGGUAAUAACAAUGAUGACUCUGAUGAAUGGAAAGUCUACUGGGAUUCUUUCUAUGGAAGAAGUUAUUUUUACAACAUCAAGACACAAGAGUCUACAUGGAAUCCGCCAAUUGGGAUGGAGCAUCUAGCUGCUAAUAGUUACAACACACAUAACUUGAAUGAAUCGGCUACAGAGACAACCGAGAAGCCACAUGAUGACUUGCUCGGAACUGAACCUGCCAGUGAUCUUGGUAGAGUUUGCCAAAGUCAAUAUGAAACAGGAGCCCUAGAGGAAGUUAGCAGUUUGAUUGAUAGAUACCAAGAAACUUCCAUUGGAAACCAAUCUCUGGAUAUCACUCCUCCUGAAGAAGAAGGUGCAUAUGUUGUCACUUCCAUUAGGAAGGCUAAGAAGAAGACAAGAAGAACGCGAGCCAGAAAGAUAUUCUCCAGUUUGAACACAGGGGCUCGAAGGGAACGUGUUCUUGAAGAAUAUUCCGAUAUCCUUGGCAAGUAUUGGUGCCAAAGAUAUCUCCUUUUCUCCAGAUUUGACGAAGGCAUCAAAAUGGAUGAGGAAGGAUGGUUUUCCGUCACUCCUGAACUCAUAGCUAAGCAUCAUGCCACACGCUGUAACGAAGGAGUGGUCAUCGACUGUUUUACCGGAGUUGGUGGAAAUGCUAUCCAGUUCGCAUCAAGGAGCCACUACGUGAUUGCAAUUGAUCUUGAUCCAAAGAAACUUGAUUUGGCAAAGCAUAAUGCUGCCAUAUAUGGUGUUGCUGAUAAAAUCGACUUUGUGAAAGGAGACUUCUUCGAUUUGGCGCAUAACUUAAAGGCAGGCACUGUAUUCUUAUCGCCUCCCUGGGGAGGCCCUGAUUAUGUUAAAGCGAGUGUGUAUGACUUGAAGACGAUGUUGAGACCUCGUGACGGAGACACUCUAUUUAAGGCGGCUAUGAACAUCGCGUCAACAAUCAUUAUGUUUCUUCCAAGAAAUGUUGAUAUCAACCAGUUGGCAGAGCUAGCCUUAUCAACGUCUCCUCCAUGGUCACUUGAGGUAGAAAAAAACUACUUAAAUGGGAAGCUGAAGGCAAUAACAGCGUACUACUUUAGACAAGAUGGUUGUUAGAACUAAGAAGAAGACGAAGAUUCUUCUCACUUGUUCUUUGCAUUUGUGUCAGCUUGUCGAAUUCAUAUGAAUGAAAAUUGAUUUGUGAUCAUAGGUGUUAGGCGUUUGUAUAUGCAAAUUAAUUGUGUUCUUGUAAGCUUUGUGUUUUCGAUUACUCAACUUCAUGUUACUCAUUGCUUCAGACUGAAACUGGGGAAUGAAACUUGGGCUAGGAAACUAAAUGUCGCUAAC